GGGCGUGGCUUCGUUUCUCUGGGCUGCGCUCUUGGGCAACGGAUAAUCUAAUGUAUGACCGCGGAGUGUGAGAAAGCGGAGUCCUAACGGAGAUUUCUUUUUUUUUUCCUGGAUUUGAAACAACAUGGCAGACGUAGUGGAGGGAGAGGACGUGCGCUCGGCUGCGCCCUCCGUGUUGCGCUCCUCACGGCACGGCUCCGGCGGGAACGUUACUGCGGGCCCUCGGCUUGUCCGCAUUAUCAAGUCGGAUUCGGGUUACGGCUUCAACGUCCGCGGCCAAGUGAGUGAAGGAGGUCAGCUGAGGAGCAUCAACGGCGAGCUGUAUGCGCCGCUACAGCAUGUCAGCGCCGUGUUACCGGGCGGUGCGGCGGACAGAGCCGGCAUCUCCAAGGGCGACCGCAUUCUCGAAGUAAACGGCGUGAACGUGGAAGGAGCUACGCACAAACAAGUGGUGGAUCUGAUUCGAGCCGGAGAAAGGGAGCUCGUCCUCGCCGUACUUUCUGUCCCUCAGCCAGAGACGGACAGCCUGGAUCCGGGAGAUGACGGCUCGUCUCAGUCCUGCUACGACUACAGCGACAAGCAGGCCGUGCCCAUCUCUGUGCCCACCUAUAAACAUGUGGAGCAGAAUGGCGAGAAGUUUGUGGUGUAUAAUGUAUACAUGGCUGGCAGACAACUCUGCUCCAAACGCUACAGGGAGUUCGCCAUCCUGCAUCAAAACCUUAAAAGGGAGUUUACCACUUUUACUUUCCCCAAGCUGCCUGGGAAAUGGCCUUUCUCUUUGUCUGAGCAGCAGCUCGACGCCCGAAGGAGGGGACUGGAGGAAUACCUAGAACGAGUGUGUUCUGUGCGCGUGAUUGGUGAGAGCGAUAUAAUGCAGGAAUUCUUGUCUGAAUCAGACGAGAACUAUAAUGGAGUCUCUGACGUGGAGUUGAGAAUAGCCAUGCCAGAUAAAACCACAGUAACCGUCCGAGUUCGAAAGAACUGUACUACAGACCAGGUGUACCAGGCCGUGGUGAUGAAGGUCGGGAUGGACAGUAUUACCGCCAGUUAUUUUGCUCUCUUUGAAGUCAUUAAUCACUCAUUCGUGCGGAAGUUGGCUCCGAACGAGUUCCCACAUAAGCUUUACGUGCAGAACUACACAUCGGCCGUUCCGGGCACCUGUCUCACUCUGCGCAAGUGGCUCUUCACUACCGAGGAGGAGAUCCUGCUGAACGACAAUGAGCUCGCCAUCAGCUACUGCUUUCACCAGGCAUUGGAUGAUGUGAAGAGGGGGUUUAUUAAAGCAGAGGAGAAAUCAUACCAGCUCCAGAAACUGGCUGAACAGAGAAAGGUUUCUAUGUACCUGAGUAUGGUGAGGUCAUGUGACGGCUACAACGAGAUCAUCUUUCCUCACUGCGCUUGUGACUCACGCCGCAAGGGCCACGUUAUCACAGCCAUCAGCAUCCGACACUUCAAACUGCACGCCUGCACUGAAGAGGGCACUCUAGAGACCCACGCCCAGAAUCAGGUGAUCGCUUUCGAGUGGGGCGAGAUGCAGCGGUGGGACACUGACGAGGAGGGGAUGGCUUUCUGCUUUGAGUAUGCGCGAGGCGAAAAGAAGCCACGCUGGGUGAAAAUCUUCACUCCAUAUUUCAACUACAUGCACGAGUGCUUCGAGCGGGUCUUCUGCGAACUCAAAUGGAGGAAAGAGGUUGAAGAGGAAGCGACAGAUAAAGACAAUAAGAACUGUAGCAAAGAUGGUAUGUGUAGUAAGAAUAUCUUCCAGCUGUUGAGGCACAGAAGGGAUGGAGGCACCUGAGACAGGAGAUUGUCACCCCCUGAAGACAAAACCAGACACACACACACAAAUCAGUUGCAGACAAAAAAACAGGAAGAUAAGUCCCAGCCAACGCAGUCUGAACACUAAUACACACACACACACACACACACACAUUUACUCACUCACUCGUUCACUCAGAGGACAACGGGAACUAAAAAACCCAUCUUCAAACUCACAAUACAAUAGAAAUAAGCAAAUUAAAAACAGAAAUCAAGACUUGUUUUCCCACUUCAUCCAUCCCAUCCGCUUGUCAUCAGGACUCGGUUCAGUCGUUCUGUCGGCUGACAUUUCAGAGGUGACCGUUUGCUUGUUGAAGAAGAAACUGACAAAGGCUUUUCGUUAACACUCCAGCUAACUUGCUUUAUACUUCAUAAGGACACUACCAACAGCUUACCCGGUAAAACAGACAGUCCCAGCUGCGCUGCCUCUUAACAUCAAACUCCACACUGUGAUCGGUCUUGGUGACUCGUGCAUGCGACAGAGGAGGGCCACGCACCUUGGUCAGGUUUGCCGGGAAGCUUUUAACGGCAAGUUACGAAAGAGAAGGGGAGCAAGAAAGACUGAGAAGAGGAGUGCACUUACAGCCAGGAAGCCACAGCGGUAAAACUUCAUCCUGACACUAACAAACACAGAUACAUGCAUUCUGUGACGUGAAGCCAGAUGAUCCUUCAAAACAGCACAAAAGAUCUGUGGGGGGAGGGGAGGGGAAAAAGGGGGGAACCACGGUCCCAUUUUUCAUGUGUGUAAAUAUCUCCAAACAUCACCACCCACCUGGACAAGCAGAGCACAUAUGCAAGAACUUUGGUUCAAGAGGAUAUUUGGGAAAGCAGACAAAUAGCCUCACAUUCCUAAUUUUCUUCUUCCUAGUUUGCUUUAUACGAUUCUUUCUCCUAAGGAAUUACAGGCUAAUCUGACCUUUCUGUACACUGUUUCUGGUCCCUUCCAGUUUGUCUUCUUUGUGGACACUCAGAUACUUAUAGUUGUCCAUAAUGUCUCCCUCAGUGCCCAUCAUGCUGAUUGGGUUCGGGGAGUCCUCUGCUUCCUAAAUCCACCACCAGCUCCUAAAUUACGCUUCCUAGUUUCCUUAGUUUAGCACCUGGUUAAAAUUUUUAUAUAUAUAAAUAAUUUUGGUAAAAAAAUAUAUAUAAAAUUGUGUUGAAGAAUAAGCUUAAGCUUUGUGGGUGAAAUUCAAUAUAUAAAAUUGUGUACCUCUGUAUUUCACCCACCCUGUUCAAACGUUUUUUAAAUCCUUACAGUCCAAAUAUUUAAUAUUGAAUUUCACCCACAAAGCUUAAGCUUAUUCUUCAACCUUCGCUGAGCUUGAAUUCUUUCCAGUAGAGGGAAAACCAGUUAACAGUAUUAUGAAAGCAUUGACUCACAGAACUGACAGUAAAAUAAAUAAAAAAAACUUUCAGUGGAGGUAUGAAUGAACCGCUUAUUAAUUUAGAUUUUUUUUAAACAUGCUAUUAGGAAGGUCAGCAAGAUGGAUUUAAAGUGAGUCUGAUCUUUGUGAGAGAGCCUUUUAAAAAAAUAUCAUUUAAAAAAAAAACAAUCAUGACGUGACAGAAUUUACAGUUGAAUAGCUUGUUUUUAGAGUAAACGUCUCCGCAUGUUUCUGUUUUUUUUACUGGUGUCUGAUGACUGACAAUAUGUAUUUUAUUAAUCAGAGAUAAACAUAAAGACUUGGGGAAAGUAAUGGCUGACUAUUUUAAAUGGUGUUAUUGAAAGCUGCUAAAUUAUGAAAAAAAAAUAUAUUGCAGCUUUAAUAUUUCAUGGCUAUAUGUGUGUGUGUGUGUGUGUGUGUGUGUGUGUGUGUGUGUGUGUGUGUGUGUGUGUGUGUGUGUGUGUGUGUGUGUGUGUGUGUGUGUGUGUGUGUGUGUGUGUGUGUGUGUGUGUGUGUGUGUGUGUAUGUGUAUAUAAGGUAUUUUUUAUUUUAUGAUUUUGUGUGGGUUGGUUUUUUAAGUCUCAUGUCAUUUAUUUGUUUCUUUUAAACAUCCCCCAUCCCAUGAAGCCUGUUCACACCAGAUAAAGAUGUCCAAACCACUAACCACUCAGAAACCAGAGAUCUUUAGACUGUUUCUGCUGGAUUAUAGUGUAUUAAUAGAAACAUAAAAUACUUUUGGAUUUCUUUUGGCUUUAUUUUUUAAGGUAAAGCAUGCAGGUCUGUCACCUAUGAUUCUGUCACUUCUAUCCAUUGCUGCCCUUGUGCAGGCGCAUAAAAGCUGUUUUUGCACUCCUAGUAUGCGUGGUUGUGUGAUGAUGAGUGACAUGAAAUUUCAGUGCUGCGUUUUCUUUUUGGAUGACCUCCCUCCCCCUUUUGCGUUAUUGAUUGUGCAUCUGAACUUGCUGAAAGAUAUUUUUCCCCUUUAAAUGUCACAUUUGGAGAUAUGUCAGCCAUGUUUGUCUCCUAAUGCUUUAUUUAAAUGCCAUGUAUUUAAAAAGAAAAUACCAUCUCUCUCUCAUAUGUGUGUGUGUGUGUGUGUGUGUGUGUGUGUGUAGCGAGAGGUGUUCAGCUAUGCUCCUAGAGAUCUACUACUAUUCAAAGUUCACUUCUAAAUCCAGCUCAACCCUUGUUUUUUACUAAUAUUCAUUAAUACUUACAGAUGGGUGACAAAUGAAAAAUCAGCAUAAUGUGUCAUUGAUGCCACUGUGGGCUUCCAGAACAGCUUAAAUCUUGGCACAGACAAGCACUAUUCUCCAAAAUAUCAUAUGAUUUACUUCAUAUAUACAUUCAAACAUUCACUCAAAAUGUUCAGUGAGCUCCGGUUGAUGGUGGUAGAGUCAUCCUAAGAGACUUCUCCCAUCAGGAAAGAAAUGGUCCAGUGAAUGAUCAAGAAAAUCAGUCAGAAGAAUUUUGUAUUUAUUAAGGGAGCAACUGGGUACAAACCAACCAUGGCAGCAACAUAACUAAACGCUCCACAUCUCUUUUCACAUGUCACCCAUCUGUAAACUGUUAAGGACCACAAGGUUGCUAACAAUCCUGCGCUGACACCAAGGGCCAACUUUUUCAAUUUUCUCCACCUUUUUCCACACAUUUCUUGCAUUUGCUCUGUUUGCCCUGAAUGGAUCACCUCAUUAAUUUAUUGUAAUAAGGUAUCAAACAGGAUUUCUCUGCUUACAGUAUUUUCAGUAGCAUAUGUUUUCCAAAAAAGGUGCAUAGUAUGGAAGUAAGUCACAUGGAGCCACUUUCGGCAAAAAGAAUCAGUAUGGAUAAUGUUUUAAAAAUGAGCCGAUGAAAUGAAAUAACCUUGAAAAUGUUUGUUGCAACUUGGUCAUAUAGCACUAUAAAUAAAUUGUAACAUAUUCUUUUAAGUAAAUAAAUUUAAUGAGAAAAACUUGAA